AUGGCGUCUUCGUUCAGGCUCCCAAAUCAUGAGCAGGAUGAGGCGCGUAUUAAGCUGUACGACCUUGCCCAGCCACAUGAACCCACUGCGUACGAAAAGCAAAGCAUGAUGGAAGUCGAGGAAGCCCUUGCAACCUUCAAGACCGAGGAUAAGUAUCACAAGUUGAUGCUCAAGAAGGCAGAGACUCUCCCACCCAUUGUGCAGCUCGUCAGAGCGUGCAAAAUGCGGGAAGAUAGCCUUCAAGCCCACCAUGCAGAACAAGUACAACAACUUCUGCAGGAAAAGGAAGCCGAGCUCACGACAAAGCACACAACCGAGCUAAAAGAGGCUCAGGACAAACAUCAGGAACAGCUCCUUAAAGAGACCCGAGCACUCGAACAGCGCGAAACGAACCUAAUAACCGUGCACGCCGGGGAACUCAGAAGCAUCCAGUCCGCCUUGACCGCAGCAGCAGCUAGCAGAGGCAUUUUCCUUUUGGCCGAGGCAGAGAGUCCGGCCAUCGAUCGACUGAACGCUUACAUUACGGCUUCUGGAACGAGCAGCAAGCAGAGCGAGGCGAGCCAGCAGAACGAGACAAGACGGGUUGAAGGCCUUUACCAAGCCAGCGACGACCGCGUCCGCGAACACAUGAGGAAGACGCUUGUCGAUAUGAAGAUGCCACCGGCCUCAGGAGAUGCCUUGGAAGCCUACACCGUCUCCUUCGUCAACCAGAUGUUGGGCAUACACCGGGACCUGACUGCGCACCGUAUUGCAUCAGUUCGUAUUAAUCGCGACGUCACCGAUGCUCUCAGGACACACAUGGGAAAGACCUUUCGUCCGAAAGCUUCCUGUGAGACAAAUGUCUCUAUCUUCGUGGGCUUGCUGCCCGGCCUCGUCCGCGAAACGACGGAGCGCACUCAUUCAGAUGUCAUGAAGAGCAUCCACGACGCCUUCGACGAUGUUUGUAACAAAACCAACAUCCAUGUGCCGUCUUCCGCUUCACCAGAAGAUUUCAUUCAGCAGCUUGGUGCCGCGUUUGACACUUUGAUCGGAAGCUGCAACAGUAUAUGGCAAGAUGUGGCCACAACAGUCAACGUCACCACAGCCCGUCUGGAUAUGGACCUGGCUCUGUUGCAAGACGACUCCAUCGACGUAAUGGUCAAAGAGUUCGCGAAGCGAAUGCGCGAUCAGCUCGAACACUCGCACGAGGAGCGGGAUGAGGCUGUGCGUAAACUUUCCGGCCUUGACGAGUGGUUGAAGACGAUUGUGCAGAGCCUGCGCGUAUCUUCCCAAAGCCUGGGUCUCUCGAUCGAAGAAGGCCUCGAAGACAGAGAGUUCUUGACGACCUAUUUGGCCAAUCUCAGGAUGUCCUUUAGCAAGCAGAGCGCUAUUCACAAAGCGGUGGGCAAGCAAAUGAACGACACUAGCGCAAGUCUGGGUAUCGACAUCUCAAGCAAGAGUGGCAGCCUUCUCAACGACAGGAUGAAGUUAUUUGUAACCCUUGUUACAGACCGUGUGCAAGGAAACAACAAGAAAGCGGAUGAUCGAUUAUCGAAGCUUGUCGAGCUUAUGAGGCCUGCACUCGAUACGAAGGCCACCGUACCAGCAGACAACACGCCUGAAGCUCUCUUUGCCGCCUACCAUAAAUAUGCGAGCGAAGCCAUCCGGCUUCUAUCGUCGGAAAGGCAGAACAUCGAAGGCGCUGUGGACCAGGCUACGUUGAAGUUCGGUUUCCAGGCUUCACUUGAGAAGCAAGUCGAUCGCAAGGUCGCUCGGUUCAUCGAAACCACAACAACAACCAUAGAUGGAUGCAAAGCGAAGAUCUCGGGAGUAGAAAAGGCAGCGGCCAGCGCCUAUCAGAAGCUUGGAAGACGCCCGGACGCCAGCGCAAGCUUGGAGUCGCAAGCUAUUGACACCGUCAUCAGCAAAGGCGCCAGCGACAACAAUGUGGUACUGACGGCUACAGCCACCGCUGGCCGUCUCAACGAACUAUUGCGCAAAAUCAAGGACAACACUGGUGCGCAAACGCGACUCUACACGAACCUCGAGCGAGACAUACACGAUGCGAUAAAUGCAACGGCACGCACGCUCGAAGUCGACAUCGUGCAGGACGUCACGGUUCCGAAGCGCUUGGAAGCUCUCGUUGUAGAGGUCAACAAAGACCGCGACAUCCAGGAUCAGGCAGCCAAGACUCGCAUCGUAUCCCUGACAGGCCUUGUUAGAUCAUACAGAUCUGAAGUGCUGCACAACGUCUCCAUCUCGGAUACUUUCGGCAAGGCUGCAUUGCCGGCCUGGGAUGAUCAUGAGCAGAUUGAGAGGUUCUUCCGCACUGAGCGUGAGCAGUUCUGCACUGCACUGAAGAAGUGGAAGGGUGAGUUUCAACAGGAGCGACGAAGCAUCGUCCGCGCAUACGAUAUCAUGUUUCGCGAUAUCUGGAAGGUUUCUUUUCCUAACCGGGCACCCAUGCCUGCUGUUCAGCCCGAUAGCACGCUCAAAAUUAUCGAGCUGUGGACACAGGGCCAGUCAAGCGCUUACCAGAACGCCUCAGCCCAGUCGCAGCAAACCGACAGUGCCAUGAUCUCGGAACAGCAAGAGGUGUCCAAAGAUAUGUUCAACAUGACCGAUGCGUUCAUUCGAGACGUCUUUGCCCUCCACUGUUUCGCACUGGAAAAAUGGCCAAGCCACAACGAGAACGAACCGAUCAAGACGAAAGACUAUCAAGAACGUCUCGAUGGACUCUACAGUGAGUUGAAGAAGGUUGUCGUGGCGAGUGAAAAUGCCAAUUCAGAAGGAAUGACAACGAUGAAGAAUGCGGCUGUCGAUGCGCUGAAUCACAUCAUCGAGAACUCAAUGGGUCAGCAACGCUCGCCGUGGCAGCUGCAAGAAGACGACUUCGGCAACUUUGGAACCUGGGCAGAAACACAACAGCAGGCCAUCGCAAACUAUAUCGGAACGACUGCUGCAGCAUCUAAGAAGGCGACCACCGCACUUGGCGACGUCAUCAAGGGAGUGUCUGCAGCUUUCACGAGCAUAUACGAUGCUACCGAAUCGGGACUCAAGAAGCCCGAAUGGCCAAAGCUGUCUCCUGAGUCGCCUGAUGUUGCUAUCAUGUUCUUCAAGGGUCUACCAAACGAUAUCACGCUACAGCUCACGACACAGAAGCUGGAAGCAACUCGGGAAACUUCAACUCUCCAGCAAGCGCACACGGACUUGGAUUCCGUCAUGGCCAGCGCCUCUGAUCUUGUGCAAAACUUGGAACGCAAGCUCUCACUAGAAGAAUCUCCUCGUCUGCAGCGUGAGGACGGUAUGAUCGCAACGCGAGCUUGGUUUGGCAGCAAAGGCAUAAUAUUCCAAGACCGCAUUGCCCAGAACGCCAAGCUACAUGAGGAAAGCCUCCAGAAGCUACUCAACUGCAUGGAAGACUUUGUCGUUUCUGCUCUCCAGCAGGCCGGACGACGGACAUUUACCACCCGGAAGCCUACACUAGAGAGCAGCCAAGAUUGGGUAGCCGAGCACUCCAAAAUGCUUGAGGGUGCCCUAACAGAGCAGCGAUCUGUGGAUGACAAGAAGAUCAGCCAGCUGCUCAACCAUGUGGUUAGGGUCACAACUAGACUGUCUAAGAUGGCUGUCGAUGAGAUCCCCGCGUCCACUAGUGUUCGCAGCGAUUGGAGCAGUGAGGAACUGACGGCUCAUUGUUCCACGAUCGAAGCCUGGCUCCAGCAAAAGCUGUCUCUCGUUCAAGAAAAGCAAGCCAGUCAGCUACAUGAGAAGUACGGCGACUGCAUUGUGGAAUUCAUCACCUCGGUCUUUAAAGACACAUUCUCUUUCCAGGGCCUGGUGUACCCUGAAGAGGACGUCCCAGCUCUGGAACUACGGCCGGACAAGUCGCUUGAGGCGGCUUUGGCCAACGCCCACGCAGCCAAGACAUGGGUUUCCGCCUGUGCAGCGACGAUUGGAAAGGCGCUCACCGCUAGGAAGGUCCAGAAAAACCAACUCGUAGCGGACUUUAAUAGGGGGAUAAUUGACCAGAGGUCGCUAUUGCACGACUGCGAAGUGCUCAAGGGAGAUGUGCAAGACAGCAUGGAUCUGGCGAAUGACCUGUAUGUUCAGGUGAACAGGCUGACGGGGGCUUAG